AUGGUGGGUGCCCUCUGCUGGGCUGGAUGGCAUGGUGGGUGCUCUCUGCUGGGCUGGAUGGCAUGGUGGGUGUUCUCUGCUGGGCUGGAUGGCAUGGUGGGUGCUCUCUGCUGGGCUGGAUGGCAUGGUGGGUGCCCUCUGCUGGGCUGGAUGGCAUGGUGGGUGCUCUCUGCUGGGCUGGAUGGCAUGGUGGGUGCUCUCUGCUGGGCUGAAUGGCAUGGUGGGUGCCCUCUGCUGGGCUGGAUGGCAUGGUGGGUGCUCUCUGCUGGGCUGGAUGGCAUGGUGGGUGCUCUCUGCUGGGCUGGAUGGCAUGGUGGGUGCUCUCUGCUGGGCUGGAUGGCAUGGUGGGUGCCCUCUGCUGGGCUGGAUGGCAUGGUGGGUGCUCUCUGCUGGGCUGGAUGGCAUGGUGGGUGCUCUCUGCUGGGCUGGAUGGCAUGGUGGGUGCCCUCUGCUGGGCUGGAUGGCAUGGUGGGUGCUCUCUGCUGGGCUGGAUGGCAUGGUGGGUGCUCUCUGCUGGGCUGGAUGGCAUGGUGGGUGCUCUCUGCUGGGCUGGAUGGCAUGGUGGGUGCUCUCUGCUGGGCUGGAUGGCAUGGUGGGUACUCUCUGCUGGGCUGGAUGGCAUGGUGGGUGCCCUCUGCUGGGCUGGAUGGCAUGGUGGGUGCCCUCUGCUGGGCUGGAUGGCAUGGUGGGUGCUCUCUGCUGGGCUGGAUGGCAUGGUGGGUGCUCUCUGCUGGGCUGGAUGGCAUGGUGGGUACUCUCUGCUGGGCUGGAUGGCAUGGUGGGUGCCCUCUGCUGGGCUGGAUGGCAUGGUGGGUGCUCUCUGCUGGGCUGGAUGGCAUGGUGGGUGCUCUCUGCUGGGCUGAAUGGCAUGGUGGGUGCCCUCUGCUGGGCUGGAUGGCAUGGUGGGUGCUCUCUGCUGGGCUGGAUGGCAUGGUGGGUGCUCUCUGCUGGGCUGGAUGGCAUGGUGGGUGCUCUCUGCUGGGCUGGAUGGCAUGGUGGGUGCCCUCUGCUGGGCUGGAUGGCAUGGUGGGUGCCCUCUGCUGGGCUGGAUGGCAUGGUGGGUGCUCUCUGCUGGGCUGGAUGGCAUGGUGGGUGCUCUCUGCUGGGCUGGAUGGCAUGGUGGGUGCUCUCUGCUGGGCUGGAUGGCAUGGUGGGUGCCCUCUGCUGGGCUGGAUGGCAUGGUGGGUGCUCUCUGCUGGGCUGGAUGGCAUGGUGGGUGCCCUCUGCUGGGCUGGAUGGCAUGGUGGGUGCUCUCUGCUGGGCUGGAUGGCAUGGUGGGUGCUCUCUGCUGGGCUGAAUGGCAUGGUGGGUGCCCUCUGCUGGGCUGGAUGGCAUGGUGGGUGCUCUCUGCUGGGCUGGAUGGCAUGGUGGGUGCUCUCUGCUGGGCUGGAUGGCAUGGUGGGUGCUCUCUGCUGGGCUGGAUGGCAUGGUAGGUGCCCUCUGCUGGGCUGGAUGGCAUGGUGGGUGCUCUCUGCUGGGCUGGAUGGCAUGGUGGGUGCCCUCUGCUGGGCUGGAUGGCAUGGUGGGUGCCCUCUGCUGGGCUGGAUGGCAUGGUGGGUGCUCUCUGCUGGGCUGGAUGGCAUGGUGGGUGCUCUCUGCUGGGCUGGAUGGCAUGGUGGGUGCCCUCUGCUGGGCUGGAUGGCAUGGUGGGUGCUCUCUGCUGGGCUGGAUGGCAUGGUGGGUGCUCUCUGCUGGGCUGAAUGGCAUGGUGGGUGCCCUCUGCUGGGCUGGAUGGCAUGGUGGGUGCUCUCUGCUGGGCUGGAUGGCAUGGUGGGUGCUCUCUGCUGGGCUGGAUGGCAUGGUGGGUGCUCUCUGCUGGGCUGGAUGGCAUGGUGGGUGCUCUCUGCUGGGCUGGAUGGCAUGGUGGGUGCUCUCUGCUGGGCUGGAUGGCAUGGUGGGUGCCCUCUGCUGGGCUGGAUGGCAUGGUGGGUGCUCUCUGCUGGGCUGGAUGACAUGGUGGGUGCUCUCUGCUGGGCUGGAUGGCAUGGUGGGUGCCCUCUGCUGGGCUGGAUGGCAUGGUGGGUGCUCUCUGCUGGGCUGGAUGGCAUGGUGGGUGCUCUCUGCUGGGCUGAAUGGCAUGGUGGGUGCUCUCUGCUGGGCUGGAUGGCAUGGUGGGUGCCCUCUGCUGGGCUGGAUGGCAUGGUGGGUGCUCUCUGCUGGGCUGAAUGGCAUGGUGGGUGCUCUCUGCUGGGCUGGAUGGCAUGGUGGGUGCCCUCUGCUGGGCUGGAUGGCAUGGUGGGUGCUCUCUGCUGGGCUGGAUGGCAUGGUGGGUGCUCUCUGCUGGGCUGGAUGGCAUGGUGGGUGCUCUCUGCUGGGCUGAAUGGCAUGGUGGGUGCUCUCUGCUGGGCUGGAUGGCAUGGUGGGUGCCCUCUGCUGGGCUGGAUGGCAUGGUGGGUGCCCUCUGCUGGGCUGGAUGGCAAGGUGGGUGCUCUAUUCUGGGCUGGAUGGCAUAGUGGGUGUUCUCUGCUGGGCUGGAUGGCAUGGUGGGUGCUCUCUGCUGGGCUGGAUGGCAUGGUGGGUGCUCUCUGCUGGGCUGGAUGGCAUGGUGGGUGCUCUCUGCUGGGCUGGAUGGCAUGGUGGGUGCUCUCUGCUGGCCUGGAUGGCAUGGUGGGUGCCCUCUGCUUGGCUGGAUGGCAUGGUGGGUGCUCUCUGCUGGGCUGGAUGGCAUGGUGGGUGCUCUCUGCUGGGCUGGAUGGCAUGGUGGGUGCCCUCUGCUGGGCUGGAUGGCAUGGUGGGUGCCCUCUGCUGGGCUGGAUGGCAUGGUGGGUGCUCUCUGCUGGGCUGGAUGGCAUGUGGGUGUUCUCUGCUGGGCUGGAUGGCAUGGUGGGUGCUCUCUGCUGGGCUGGAUGGCAUGGUGGGUGCUCUCUGCUGGGCUGGAUGGCAUGGUGGGUGCUCUCUGCUGGGCUGGAUGGCAUGGUGGGUGCUCUCUGCUGGGCUGGAUGGCAUGGUGGGUGCCCUCUGCUUGGCUGGAUGGCAUGGUGGGUGCUCUCUGCUGGGCUGGAUGGCAUGGUGGGUGCUCUCUGCUGGGCUGGAUGGCAUGGUGGGUGCCCUCUGCUGGGCUGGAUGGCAUGGUGGGUGCCCUCUGCUGGGCUGGAUGGCAUGGUGGGUGCUCUCUGCUGGGCUGGAUGGCAUGGUGGGUGCUCUCUGCUGGGCUGGAUGGCAUGGUGGGUGCUCUCUGCUGGGCUGGAUGGCAAGGUGGGUGCUCUCUGCUGGGCUGGAUGGCAUGGUGGGGUGCUCUCUGCUGGGCUGAAUGGCAUGGUGGGUGCUCUCUGCUGGGCUGGAUGGCAUGGUGGGUGCUCUCUGCUGGGCUGGAUGGCAUGGUGGGUGCUCUCUGCUGGGCUGGAUGGCAUGGUGGGUGCUCUCUGCUGGGCUGGAUGGCAUGGUGGGUGCUCUCUGCUGGGCUGGAUGGCAUGGUGGGUGCUCUCUGCUGGGCUGAAUGGCAUGGUGGGUGCCCUCUGCUGGGCUGGAUGGCAUGGUGGGUGCUCUCUGCUGGGCUGGAUGGCAUGGUGGGUGCUCUCUGCUGGGCUGGAUGGCAUGGUGGGUGCUCUCUGCUGGGCUGGAUGGCAUGGUAGGUGCCCUCUGCUGGGCUGGAUGGCAUGGUGGGUGCUCUCUGCUGGGCUGGAUGGCAUGGUGGGUGCCCUCUGCUGGGCUGGAUGGCAUGGUGGGUGCCCUCUGCUGGGCUGGAUGGCAUGGUGGGUGCUCUCUGCUGGGCUGGAUGGCAUGGUGGGUGCUCUCUGCUGGGCUGGAUGGCAUGGUGGGUGCCCUCUGCUGGGCUGGAUGGCAUGGUGGGUGCUCUCUGCUGGGCUGGAUGGCAUGGUGGGUGCUCUCUGCUGGGCUGAAUGGCAUGGUGGGUGCCCUCUGCUGGGCUGGAUGGCAUGGUGGGUGCUCUCUGCUGGGCUGGAUGGCAUGGUGGGUGCUCUCUGCUGGGCUGGAUGGCAUGGUGGGUGCUCUCUGCUGGGCUGGAUGGCAUGGUGGGUGCUCUCUGCUGGGCUGGAUGGCAUGGUGGGUGCUCUCUGCUGGGCUGGAUGGCAUGGUGGGUGCCCUCUGCUGGGCUGGAUGGCAUGGUGGGUGCUCUCUGCUGGGCUGGAUGACAUGGUGGGUGCUCUCUGCUGGGCUGGAUGGCAUGGUGGGUGCCCUCUGCUGGGCUGGAUGGCAUGGUGGGUGCUCUCUGCUGGGCUGGAUGGCAUGGUGGGUGCUCUCUGCUGGGCUGAAUGGCAUGGUGGGUGCUCUCUGCUGGGCUGGAUGGCAUGGUGGGUGCCCUCUGCUGGGCUGGAUGGCAUGGUGGGUGCUCUCUGCUGGGCUGAAUGGCAUGGUGGGUGCUCUCUGCUGGGCUGGAUGGCAUGGUGGGUGCCCUCUGCUGGGCUGGAUGGCAUGGUGGGUGCUCUCUGCUGGGCUGGAUGGCAUGGUGGGUGCUCUCUGCUGGGCUGGAUGGCAUGGUGGGUGCUCUCUGCUGGGCUGAAUGGCAUGGUGGGUGCUCUCUGCUGGGCUGGAUGGCAUGGUGGGUGCCCUCUGCUGGGCUGGAUGGCAUGGUGGGUGCCCUCUGCUGGGCUGGAUGGCAAGGUGGGUGCUCUAUUCUGGGCUGGAUGGCAUAGUGGGUGUUCUCUGCUGGGCUGGAUGGCAUGGUGGGUGCUCUCUGCUGGGCUGGAUGGCAUGGUGGGUGCUCUCUGCUGGGCUGGAUGGCAUGGUGGGUGCUCUCUGCUGGGCUGGAUGGCAUGGUGGGUGCUCUCUGCUGGCCUGGAUGGCAUGGUGGGUGCCCUCUGCUUGGCUGGAUGGCAUGGUGGGUGCUCUCUGCUGGGCUGGAUGGCAUGGUGGGUGCUCUCUGCUGGGCUGGAUGGCAUGGUGGGUGCCCUCUGCUGGGCUGGAUGGCAUGGUGGGUGCCCUCUGCUGGGCUGGAUGGCAUGGUGGGUGCUCUCUGCUGGGCUGGAUGGCAUGGUGGGUGCUCUCUGCUGGGCUGGAUGGCAUGGUGGGUGGGUGCUCUAUGCUGGGCUGGAUGGCAUAGUGGGUGUUCUCUGCUGGGCUGGAUGGCAUGGUGGGUGCUCUCUGCUGGGCUGGAUGGCAUGGUGGGUGCUCUCUGCUGGGCUGGAUGGCAUGGUGGGUGCUCUCUGCUGGGCUGGAUGGCAUGGUGGGUGCUCUCUGCUGGGCUGGAUGGCAUGGUGGGUGCCCUCUGCUUGGCUGGAUGGCAUGGUGGGUGCUCUCUGCUGGGCUGGAUGGCAUGGUGGGUGCUCUCUGCUGGGCUGGAUGGCAUGGUGGGUGCCCUCUGCUGGGCUGGAUGGCAUGGUGGGUGCCCUCUGCUGGGCUGGAUGGCAUGGUGGGUGCUCUCUGCUGGGCUGGAUGGCAAGGUGGGUGCUCUCUGCUGGGCUGGAUGGCAUGGUGGGUGCUCUCUGCUGGGCUGGAUGGCAUGGUGGGUGCCCUCUGCUGGGCUGGAUGGCAUGGUGGGUGCUCUCUGCUGGGCUGGAUGGCAUGGUGGGUGCUCUCUGCUGGGCUGGAUGGCAUGGUGGGUGCUCUCUGCUGGGCUGGAUGGCAUGUUGGGUGCUCUCUGCUGGGCUGGAUGGCAUGGUGGGUGCUCUCUGCUGGGCUGGAUGGCAUGGUGGGUGCUCUCUGCUGGGCUGGAUGGCAUGGUGGGUGCCCUCUGCUGGGCUGGAUGGCAUGGUGGGUGCUCUCUGCUGGGCUGAAUGGCAUGGUGGGUGCUCUCUGCUGGGCUGGAUGGCAUGGUGGGUGCCCUCUGCUGGGCUGGAUGGCAUGGUGGGUGCUCUCUGCUGGGCUGGAUGGCAUGGUGGGUGUUCUCUGCUGGGCUGGAUGGCAUGGUGGGUGCUCUCUGCUGGGCUGGAUGGCAUGGUGGGUGCUCUCUGCUGGGCUGGAUGGCAUGGUGGGGUGCUCUCUGCUGGGCUGGAUGGCAUGGUGGGUGCUCUCUGCUGGGCUGGAUGGCAUGGUGGGUGCCCUCUGCUUGGCUGGAUGGCAUGGUGGGUGCUCUCUGCUUGGCUGGAUGGCAUGGUGGGUGCUCUCUGCUGGGCUGGAUGGCAUGGUGGGUGCUCUCUGCUGGGCUGGAUGGCAUGGUGGGUGCUCUCUGCUGGGCUGGAUGACAUGGUGGGUGCUCUCUGCUGGGCUGGAUGGCAUGGUGGGUGCCCUCUGCUGGGCUGGAUGGCAUGGUGGGUGCUCUCUGCUGGGCUGGAUGGCAUGGUGGGUGCUCUAUGCUGGGCUGGAUGGCAUAGUGGGUGUUCUCUGCUGGGCUGGAUGGCAUGGUGGGUGCUCUCUGCUGGGCUGGAUGGCAUGGUGGGUGCUCUCUGCUGGGCUGGAUGGCAUGGUGGGUGCUCUCUGCUGGGCUGGAUGGCAUGGUGGGUGCUCUCUGCUGGGCUGGAUGGCAUGGUGGGUGCUCUCUGCUGGGCUGGAUGGCAUGGUGGGUGCUCUCUGCUGGGCUGGAUGGCAAGGUGGGUGCUCUCUGCUGGGCUGGAUGGCAUGGUGGGUGCUCUCUGCUGGGCUGAAUGGCAUGGUGGGUGCUCUCUGCUGGGCUGGAUGGCAUGGUGGGUGCUCUCUGCUGGGCUGGAUGGCAUGGUGGGUGCUCUCUGCUGGGCUGGAUGGCAUGGUGGGUGCUCUCUGCUGGGCUGGAUGGCAUGGUGGGUGCUCUCUGCUGGGCUGGAUGGCAUGGUGGGUGCUCUCUGCUGGGCUGGAUGGCAUGGUGGGUGCCCUCUGCUGGGCUGGAUGGCAUGGUGGGUGCUCUCUGCUGGGCUGGAUGACAUGGUGGGUGUUCUCUGCUGGGCUGGAUGGCAUGGUGGGUGCUCUCUGCUGGGCUGGAUGGCAUGGUGGGUGCUCUCUGCUGGGCUGGAUGGCAUGGUGGGUGCUCUCUGCUGGGCUGGAUGGCAUGGUGGGUGCUCUCUGCUGGGCUGGAUGGCAUGGUGGGUGCCCUCUGCUGGGCUGGAUGGCAUGGUGGGUGCUCUCUGCUGGGCUGGAUGGCAUGGUGGGUGCUCUCUGCUGGGCUGGAUGGCAUGGUGGGUGCCCUCUGCUGGGCUGGAUGGCAUGGUGGGUGCUCUCUGCUGGGCUGGAUGGCAUGGUGGGUGCUCUCUGCUGGGCUGGAUGGCAAGGUGGGUGCUCUCUGCUGGGCUGGAUGGCAUGGUGGGUGCUCUCUGCUGGGCUGGAUGGCAUGGUGGGUGCUCUCUGCUGGGCUGGAUGGCAUGGUGGGUGCUCUCUGCUGGGCUGGAUGGCAAGGUGGGUGCUCUCUGCUGGGCUGGAUGGCAUGGUGGGUGCUCUCUGCUGGGCUGGAUGGCAAGGUGGGUGCCCUCUGCUGGGCUGGAUGGCAUGGUGGGUGCUCUCUGCUGGGCUGGAUGGCAUGGUGGGUGCUCUCUGCUGGGCUGGAUGGCAUGGUGGGUGCUCUCUGCUGGGCUGGAUGGCAUGGUGGGUGCUCUCUGCUGGGCUGGAUGGCAUGUUGGGUGCUCUCUGCUGGGCUGGAUGGCAUGGUGGGUGCUCUCUGCUGGGCUGGAUGGCAUGGUGGGUGCUCUCUGCUGGGCUGGAUGGCAUGGUGGGUGCCCUCUGCUGGGCUGGAUGGCAUGGUGGGUGCUCUCUGCUGGGCUGGAUGACAUGGUGGGUGUUCUCUGCUGGGCUGGAUGGCAUGGUGGGUGCUCUCUGCUGGGCUGGAUGGCAUGGUGGGUGCUCUCUGCUGGGCUGGAUGGCAUGGUGGGUGCUCUCUGCUGGGCUGGAUGGCAUGGUGGGUGCUCUCUGCUGGGCUGGAUGGCAUGGUGGGUGCCCUCUGCUGGGCUGGAUGGCAUGGUGGGUGCUCUCUGCUGGGCUGGAUGGCAUGGUGGGUGCUCUCUGCUGGGCUGGAUGGCAUGGUGGGUGCCCUCUGCUGGGCUGGAUGGCAUGGUGGGUGCUCUCUGCUGGGCUGGAUGGCAUGGUGGGUGCUCUCUGCUGGGCUGGAUGGCAUGGUGGGUGCUCUCUGCUGGGCUGGAUGGCAUGUUGGGUGCUCUCUGCUGGGCUGGAUGGCAUGGUGGGUGCUCUCUGCUGGGCUGGAUGGCAUGGUGGGUGCUCUCUGCUGGGCUGGAUGGCAUGGUGGGUGCCCUCUGCUGGGCUGGAUGGCAUGGUGGGUGCUCUCUGCUGGGCUGGAUGACAUGGUGGGUGUUCUCUGCUGGGCUGGAUGGCAUGGUGGGUGCUCUCUGCUGGGCUGGAUGGCAUGGUGGGUGCUCUCUGCUGGGCUGGAUGGCAUGGUGGGUGCUCUCUGCUGGGCUGGAUGGCAUGGUGGGUGCUCUCUGCUGGGCUGGAUGGCAUGGUGGGUGCCCUCUGCUGGGCUGGAUGGCAUGGUGGGUGCUCUCUGCUGGGCUGGAUGGCAUGGUGGGUGCUCUCUGCUGGGCUGGAUGGCAUGGUGGGUGCCCUCUGCUGGGCUGGAUGGCAUGGUGGGUGCUCUCUGCUGGGCUGGAUGGCAUGGUGGGUGCUCUCUGCUGGGCUGGAUGGCAAGGUGGGUGCUCUCUGCUGGGCUGGAUGGCAUGGUGGGUGCUCUCUGCUGGGCUGGAUGGCAAGGUGGGUGCUCUCUGCUGGGCUGGAUGGCAUGGUGGGUGCUCUCUGCUGGGCUGGAUGGCAUGGUGGGUGCUCUCUGCUGGGCUGGAUUGCAUGGUGGGUGCUCUCUGCUGGGCUGGAUGGCAUGGUGGGCAGCACGCUGGGCUGGAUGGCAUGGUGGGCAGCACGCUGGGCUGGAUGGCAUGGUGGGCAGCACGCUGGGCUGGAUGGCAUGGUGGGCAGCACGCUGGGCUGGAUGGCAUGGUGGGCAGCACGGUGGGCUGGAUGGCAUGGUGGGCAGCACGCUGGGCUGGAUGGCAUGGUGGGCAGCACGCUGGGCUGGAUGGCAUGGUGGGCAGCACGCUGGGCUGCAUCUGUGUGGUAUCCUGGGUUCAGGGUUUAGGGUUUAGGCCGCAUCAUGCCGCCAGUCUACCUCAUUCCCAGCUGUCCCCAUACCCCUCCCUCCUCCACCACAUUCCACCGCACUCCAUCCCACCCCACCCCACCCCAUCCCACCCCAACCCCUCCAACCCUCAACAGGAGGUGGUGCAGCGCGCCAUCCCCAUGGAGGAGGCGACAGACGCGCUGGUGAAGCUGAUCAAGGACCAUGGCCGCUGGGUGGAGCCGGCUAAGGAGGAGGAGGUGCAGGCCGUGGCGGCUUGA